UUCAAAAUGGCUAGCACAAGUAAAGGAAUGGAUGUUACGACUGCAUUGGGUCUUUUGAUGGAAUCGGAUUCAGAAUUGGAAGAAAGUAGUGGCGAGGAAUCUGAUGGUUAUCCAGACCAUUCGGAUUUAGAAAUCUCUAUGCAGAUUGAUGAUGAAGACACUGAUAGUGAUCUUGACUGGGCUGCUCCAACAGUAUCCGAUAAUGACUCCGAUCUACCUGAUAUUUCACCAGCCUCCACAAGAUGAUAAUGCACCAAGAGGUCGUCCAGCAGCAAGGGGUCGUCCAGCAGCAAGGGGUCGUCGAGGCCGUGGCAGAGGAAGAGUUCGAGGUGAUAACCAGAGACCCCCCUUGGACCAAGGAUGGUCUUAUGACAUGCCAACACCAAACAUUUUACCCUUCAGAGAAGAUCGGGGGCCAAAAUGCAACCUGGCCUAUGAUGCCCUUGAAGUUGACUACCUACUUGCAUGUAUUGGUGAAGAUUUUUUUGAGAAGGUGGCGAAUAUGACCAACUUAUAUGCUGUGUACCAGAGUCCGCCAGACAACCCAGAUCCUGCUGAUCCUCUCAAGACUUCCGACUCGCACUGGACACCUACCACAACAGACGAGAUGAAGGCAUACUUUGCCAUAAUGAUGCUAAUGGGAAUCAAAGAGCUUCCUGAGUAUGCAGAUUACUGGUCGAAUGAUUCAGCAUUGGGUGAUCAAUAUGUAAGUUCCCGGAUGUCUCGUCGCCGCUAUGAAUCCUUGAGUAGGUACUUACACAUUACAGAUCCAAACAAUGAAAAUAAAGAAGACAAACUUUGUAAAGCCAGGCCAUUUAUUGACACACUACAAGACAAAUUCCCAAAAUUAUUCGGCCCUGGACCAGCUCUCUCGAUAGAUGAAGCCAUGAUCAAAUACAACGGUCGUAUAAAGUGGAAACAGUAUAUGCCCAAGAAACCGACAAAGUGGGGAAUGAAACUUUGGUGCUUAUGUGAUGCAAGUACUGGCUAUUGCCUAAAAUUUGACGUCUACACUGGCAGAUCAGAUGAUGAUGCUCCUGACAAAGGCCUUGCCUACCAAGUAGUAAUGGGCCUAAUGGAGAAAUUUAUUUUAUCCAACCACCAAUUAUUUUGCGACAACUUUUUUACCUCGCUUGACCUGGUUAGAGACCUAAAAGAUGCUGACACAUACUAUUGUGGAACAGUAAGAAAGAAUCGUAAAGGCCUUCCUAAAUCCAUUGAUGAACCACGUCUCGCCCCUGGUGAAAGUGUGAAGAUGGCCACUGACAGGGAUAUUAUCUUCUGUAGGUGGAAGGACAAACGGGAUGUUUAUCUUGUCUCCUCAAAUAAUGAUGGUUCGGACACCGAGAAGCCCAGAACACGCCAUCGCCAAGAUGAAAUGAUUCAGAUACCAACCAUGGUGGUAGAUUACAAUAAGAACAUGGGAGGUGUAGAUCACCUUGACCAGUACAGAUCUUAUUAUAAUCUUGGACGUGCUGGAAAGAAGUGGUGGAAGUAUCUGGUUUUUGCCUUGCUAAAUAUAGCGGUUGUAAACGCUUAUAUUUUGUGGUACUCAUCUAGGAUGCCAUUGCCAAAAAAUAAGAGAAAGUGGUCCUUGAAGACAUUCAAACUGAGAAUAGUCCACCAGUUAGCAGACAAUUUUAGUUCUCGCAAACGUAAAUGUUCAUGGGAAGGAAGAGAAAUACAGAAAGUCAUCGAGAGAAACAUAAUGCCAGGACAUGACCUUGUUAGGUUUGAUGGAAGAAAGAGAGCCUGCCAAUGGUGCCUGAAAGAAAAGAAAAGAACUGCCUCUGAUCGCUGUGUGGUAUCAAGUUUUGGGUGUUCGCACUGUCGAGUAAAUCUGUGCCGUGAUGGUGAUUGUUAUGUAAAAUUUCACGGAAUAAUUUGAAUUUGAAAAUACAAUGUCAGGUGAAUAACAAUGAUGUGACCAAAAUAAAACUAAUUUGACUUGACUUGAAUAAUAUGAACAGAAUAAAACUAGUGUGAAUUGGAUAAACAUGUGAACA